AUGUCUGAUGUAGAUGAAAAAUGCAUUUUCUGUCAUGAACAUAUUGAAAUCUUAGAGCAUCUUUUUUUUUUUCCUGCAUGUGCUUAUUCUAAAUCAGUAUGGAACCUUCCACCUUUCACUGGGGGAAUUAAUAGUAAUUCAGUACCUUUGUCUUUCAAAGAACAUUAUAAUCAAUGGCAGGUUGAAGGCGACACUCUAACUGAAACUUGUGCAACUAAAUGUCGGUUCAUAUGGAAGGAGAGGUGCAACAGGAUCUUUGAGGAAAAAUGUACUUCUUCUCUACAACUUUCAAUUACAAUCCAACGACAUAUUAAUUAUUUGAGCAAGCCUAGAAGGAAUAUGAACCAGCAAACAAGUUGUGCUAACUUGGUGGCGCAUAAAAAUAUCCUUUGGACUUUACCUGAAUCUCAAUGCAAUAAGAUUAAUUAUGAUGCAUCUUGGGUGUCUGCUGUUGAUAAUGCUGGAUACAGACUAAUUUUGCAGAAUGAUGCAGGUGAAGGAAGAGCAGCUAAAUCUGGCAUAUUCAAAGCUUCAUGUCCAGAAAAAUACGAAGCUCUAUAUCUUCUACAAGGUGCAAAAUGGGCCAGAGGCGAAGGUUUAUCGAGUUUCUGGCUAGAGGGUGACUGUGAAAGAAUGGUAAACUUCAUUCAAGUAAAGGAGUCUAUGAUGGACUGGAGAAAUCAGAGGAUCGUGAAAGAGGCGACAAAGAUAUUGGAAGAUUGUAGUAACUUUUUGGGCUUCAAGUUUAUCCACAAAAUUAGUAAUUCAGUGGCGGACAAAUUAGCGGUGAAGGAUAGGAAAUCUUCAAUUUUUAGUGUUUGGAAAGAAGAUAUGCCUACCUUCUUAGAUAAGUUUAUUAGAUUAGAUAAAAGGAGUAAUUUUCAAGAAGACAAGAAUAGUAGUAUGAUCAAUGUCAUAGGCAGAAAUGCGGGUUUAUUGUCUGAUGAUCAUAACAGGGUAUGUCCUGAGAUGAUAACUUGA